CGCGUAAUUAUGACUUAUUUAAUAUGUACUACAAUAAAAUAAUGAAUUACGUUUUCACAACAAUUUAUACGUAUUGAGUACAUUACACUAUUUACGUGAGGUUAGUUGCUUGUUGUAUUUUGAAGAUGCAUUGUAUUCAUCAAAUAAGGAAUGUAAUUGUACAUAAUACUUUUCGAAAACAAAACAUUUUAUAUGCUGCUACAAUAAAUAUUGAAAAAUAUAAAAAUAUAAAUAAAAACAUAUUUAAAUCAUUUUGUAUUUCUAAGAAACUUGUAGAAAAAAAAAAUGUUCCCAAACCAUUACGUAGAAUAAAACUAAGGGCAAAAGAGGAUACAGCUAGAAGUAUUAUUGAUUUGAAGCAAGUAAGAGUAAUUGGAGGAAACGGUGGAGAUGGAGAAAUAUCAUUUUUACAGUUAUGGUCAAAUGAGAAUGCUGGCCCAGAUGGUGGAGAUGGUGGACAUGGUGGUCAUGUAAUUUUUGAGACGUCAUCAAAUGUUAAUGACCUUUCACAUAUAAGUUCUGUUAUCAUGGCUGAAAAUGGAGAAAAAGGCUAUAAUAAAAGCUGUUUUGGAAAAAACGCUGAACAUGCUAUAAUACAUGUUCCUGUAGGUACCAUAAUACGCAGUAUGAAAGGAAGCAUAAUAGCUGACUUAAAUCAAGAAGGAAUGAUGUUUAUUGCUGCACGAGGUGGUGCUGGUGGUCAUGGAAAUGCGUUUUUUAAAUCUGAUGUGCAACAAUCUCCACGUAUAAGCGAAUAUGGUGCAGUUGGAGAAGACUUACAAUAUGUAUUAGAAAUAAGUAGUAUGGCACAUGUAGGAUUAAUUGGACUUCCAAAUGUAGGUAAAAGUACAUUAUUAAGAGCAAUAUCUAGAGCUAGACCAAAAGUGGCACCAUAUCCAUUUACAACAUUGAAACCUUAUUUAGGAAUGGUAUUAUAUGAUGACCAUGAACAAGUUGCAGUGGCUGAUUUACCGGGUCUUAUACCUGAUUCUCAUAAAAAUAAAGGUCUUGGCAUACAAUUUCUUAAACAUGCAGAACGUUGCAAGAUUUUAUUAUUUAUUAUUGAUGUUAGUUCUGAUGAACCAUGGCAAGACUUUGAAAUUUUAAAAUAUGAAAUCACAGAAUUUAAUGUACAAUUAAAUAAACGAUUACAUCUUAUUGCGGCAAAUAAAAUAGAUUUACCAGGAGCAAUGGAAAAAUUGGAAAUACUUAAACAAAAAAUUAAUUUACCAAUUAUUCCAAUUUCUGCUAAAAUGGGUACAAAUAUAUCCACUUUAUUAAGAGAAAUAAGAAUACUGUAUGACAAGGAAGAAGAAGAAAAUGAGCAAGAAAAUUCUAAUUAGUUGUAUAUUUAUAAUAAUAAAUUGUUGAUAAAAAACGUUU